CCGCGGAGGAUGAAAAUUUAGACCCGAGGGAGUCCACCUUUUUACCGGUCAGUCACUUGUCCCACCAGACCACACAACAAGAAAGCAAGCAAAAUGAAAGGGAUAAAGAGAGUCCACCUCAUUUGUGGCACUGAAGCAUAACUGCUCCACCUGAGUAUUUUCUGUCGUCGUCGUCGUCGUCGUCUUGCUUGCUUCCUUUUAUACAAUAAAUAAUUGGUGUUUAAUUUCUCUAUAAAAUAUUCUAUUUAUCUACCCAUCCCUAUCUCUUCAUAACUCCUCCCCUUGCUUUUCUUCUCCUUCAAACUUGCUUCCAAGCCUCUCUUCCAUAUAAUUCUCCUGUUCUUUCCGCUCUAUAAAUUCAGGUGCCGGGUGGGAGCACUAGCGUCAUAUUGUUGUAGCGUGGCGAGGGCAUUUUGGACCGGUUUUGGCAUUUUAAAUUAUUUUAAAGCUUGGAGUUGAUUGAGAGAAUAAAUAGUGAGCAAGAAAGAGUUGGGAGAAGGGUGACAGGCAGCGCAGAAUUAAAAUUAAAAUCAAGAAAAAAAAAGGAAAAAGGAGACAUGUCGAAUGCGGUGAUAGAAAAAGAGCCAGAGCAGGUGAUGAAACUGAGAGGUGGAUCAGUACUGGGAAAGAAGACCAUUCUUAAAAGCGACCAUUUCCCUGGCUGUCAAAAUAAGCGCUUAACUCCUCAAAUCGACGGCGCUCCUAAUUACCGUCAGGCGGAUUCGUUACCUGUUCACGGUGUUGCGAUUCCAACAAUCGAAGGAUGUCGUAAUGUUAUUAAGCACAUAAGAGGUCGGAAAGACGGGAAGCAAGCACAAGUUUUAUGGUUUAACCUUCGUGAAGAACCGUUGGUGUAUAUUAAUGGGCGUCCCUUUGUCCUGCGCGAUGUGGAGAGGCCGUUCUCCAACCUUGAAUAUACGGGAAUAAACAGGUCUAGGGUUGAAGAAAUGGAGGCUCGGUUGAAAGAGGAUAUUCUGAUGGAAGCUGCAAGAUAUGGAAAUAAGAUACUUGUUACAGAUGAACUGCCAGAUGGUCAGAUGGUGGACCAAUGGGAACCAGUGUCAUGUGAUUCUGUGAAGACACCACUUGAGGUUUAUGAAGAUUUGCAAGAAGAAGGAUAUCUGUAUGAUUACGAACGUGUUCCUGUAACAGAUGAAAAGUCACCAGAGGAGCAGGAUUUUGAUACUUUAGUCGAUAGAAUUUAUCAGACAGACUUGAAUGCAGAUAUAAUAUUUAACUGUCAAAUGGGGCGUGGAAGGACCACAACUGGUAUGGUGAUAGCAACUUUGGUAUUCCUCAAUCGGAUUGGAGAUUCUGGUAUUCAGAGAACCAAUUCAGUAGGGAGAAUUUUUGACUUUGGUUUGAAUGUCAAUGAAAAUUUGCCAAACUCAGAGGAUGCGCUUCGCAGAGGAGAAUAUGCAGUCGUAAGAAGUUUGAUCCGGGUUUUAGAGGGUGGUGUUGAAGGGAAAAAACAAGUGGAUAAAGUCAUUGACAAGUGUGCCUCCAUGCAGAACUUACGGGAAGCAAUUGCCAAUUAUCGCAAUAGUAUUCUUCGUCAACCUGAUGAGAUGAAGCGAGAGGCAUCACUUUCAUUUUUUGUGGAAUACUUGGAAAGAUAUUACUUCCUCAUAUGUUUUGCUGUGUAUAUUCACUCAGAGAGAGUUGCCCUCCGAUCUAGUUCCUUUGUUCAUAGCAGUUUUGCAGACUGGAUGCGAGCACGACCAGAACUUUACAGCAUUAUUCGUAGGUUGCUCAGGAGAGACCCAAUGGGUGCCCUUGGGUAUGCGAGUCUGAAGCCAUCUCUAAUGAAGAUUGCUGAAUCUGCUGAUGGCCGACCUCAUGAGAUGGAUGUGGUUGCAGCCUUGAGAAACGGGGAGGUGCUCGGAAGUCAGACUGUUCUAAAAAGUGACCACUGUCCUGGCUGUCAAAACCCUGGUUUACCGGAGAGAGUGGAUGGUGCACCUAAUUUCAGAGAAGUUCCUGGCUUUCCAGUUUAUGGAGUUGCAAAUCCAACCAUUGAUGGUAUUCUUUCUGUCAUUCGAAGGAUUGGCAGCUCUAAAGGAGGUCGCCCAGUUUUUUGGCAUAAUAUGAGAGAAGAACCUGUCAUCUACAUAAAUGGAAAGCCAUUUGUGCUCCGCGAGGUUGAAAGACCAUAUAAAAACAUGCUGGAAUACUCGGGAAUUGGUCGUGAGAGAGUGGAGAGGAUGGAAGCUCGACUGAAAGAAGAUAUCAUGCGAGAAGCAGAACGCUAUGGAGGUGCUAUAAUGGUCAUUCAUGAAACAGAUGACGGCCAAAUUUUUGAUGCUUGGGAGCAUGUAAAUUCUGAUUCUAUUAAGACACCACUUGAGGUGUUCAAAGGCUUAGUUACUGAUGGUUUUCCCAUUAAGUAUGCUCGUGUGCCAAUCACUGAUGGUAAAGCUCCUAAAAGUUCUGAUUUUGACACAUUGGCAAUAAAUAUUGCUUCUGCUUCCAAGGAUACUGCUUUCGUUUUCAAUUGCCAGAUGGGAAGGGGAAGGACUACGACUGGCACUGUAAUUGCUUGCCUUCUGAAACUUAGAAUAGAUUAUGGGAGACCAAUUAGAGUCUUAGCUGAUGAUAUGACCCAUGAAGAAAUGGAAAGCGGAAGCUCAAGUGGUGAAGAAACUGGAGGUGACCCUGCUGCAUCCACCUCUGACAUUGCCAGUGUAAAAACUGAUAUGGAGCAAGGUCGUGCUUUUGGCAUUGAUGAUAUCCUGCUGCUGUGGAAGAUAACAAGAUUAUUUGAUAAUGGUAUGGAAUGCCGAGAAGCAUUAGAUGCUAUUAUUGAUAGAUGUUCUGCUUUGCAGAACAUACGCCAAGCUGUUCUGCAAUACAGAAAGACAGUCAAUCAACAACAUGUAGAGCCAAGAGUCAGGAGAGUGGCAUUGAGCCGUGGUGCUGAAUACUUGGAGCGUUACUUCCGUUUAAUUGCUUUUGCAGCAUAUCUAGGAAGUGAAGCAUUUGAUGGAUUUUGUGGACAAGGAGAAUCAAGAAUGGCAUUUAAGAGUUGGUUGCAUCAAAGAUCUGAAGUCCAAGCAAUGAAAUGGAGCAUUCGAUUAAAGCCAGGGCGUUUUUUCACUGUCCCACAGGAGGAGUUGAGAACACCACAGGAAUCUCAGCAUGGAGAUGCAGUAAUGGAAGCCACUGUCAGGGUCCGAAAUGGUUCGGUUUUGGGUAAAGGUUCUAUCCUCAAAAUGUAUUUCUUUCCUGGUCAGAGGACUUCCAGUCACAUACAAAUUCAAGGAGCACCUCAUGUUUACAAGGUGGAUGGAUAUCCUGUGUAUAGCAUGGCAACACCAACGAUUACUGGUGCCAAAGAGAUGCUAGCGUAUUUAAGUGCCAAGCCCAAGAUAGAAGGAUCUGUGACACGGAAAGUGAUAUUGACUGAUCUCAGAGAAGAAGCAGUUGUUUACAUCAAUGGCACACCAUAUGUGCUCAGGGAGCUAAAUAAACCUGUUGAUGUUCUCAAGCAUGUUGGAAUUACUGGUCCAGUGGUAGAACUCAUGGAGGCCCGACUAAAAGAAGAUAUAGUAUCCGAGAUUAGACAGUCUGGUGGUCGAAUACUUUUACAUCGUGAAGAAUAUAAUCCAGCAACAAAUCAGUCCUGUGUCAUAGGAUAUUGGGAGAACAUCUCUGUAGAUGAUGUGAAGACACCAGCUGAAGUGUACGCUGCUCUAAAGGAUGAGGGUUAUGAUAUAACAUAUAGGAGGAUUCCAUUAACUAGAGAGAGGGAGGCUCUAACUUCUGAUGUUGAUGCAAUACAGUAUUGUAAAGAAGACUGUGAGGGGAGCUACCUUUUUGUUUCACACACAGGCUUUGGAGGUGUUGGCUAUGCAAUGGCAAUUAUUUGUAUCAGACUUGACGCGGUAGCAAAGUUCACAUCAAAGAUUUCACAAACAGUGGUUGGUAGACGUUCAUCGUCUAUUUUGUCUGAAGCAAACUUACCUUCUGAGUUGUCUGAUGAAGAAGCACUGAGGAUGGGUGAUUACCGUGACAUACUUAGUCUUACAAGAGUUCUUGCACAUGGUCCAAAGAGCAAAGCAGAUGUUGACAUUGUUAUUGAAAAGUGUGCAGGUGCAGGGCAUUUGCGUGAUGAUAUUCUUUAUUACAACAAGGAACUUCGGAAGUCUCCUGGUGGUGAUGAUGAGCAACGUGCAUACCUCAUGGAUAUGGGCAUCAAGGCAUUAAGGAGGUACUUUUUUCUAAUCACAUUCAGAUCAUACCUCUACUCCACGAAAGCGAGUGAAACGACAUUCACAUCAUGGAUGGAUUCAAGGCCUGAACUAAGACAUCUAUGUAAUAAUCUCAGGAUGGAUAAAUAAUUUCAGGCACAUAAAAACUCUAUUCAAAUGUAUUUUUGUACAGCUAGCCAUGUUUGUAGUUUCGUUGCCAAUAACUUCACUUUCUACUUGCUGCUGCUCCACGCUGUUGCAAGGUUUGGUUAGAACAGUAAAAAAAGAACACACGAGUUUUAGAA